UGCUCCUGCUCCUCCUCCUCCUCCUCUUUUAGCUAAAGGCAGCUACCUCCGGGGAGCCUCGACAAAAUAGUUGGGAACCAUCAUCAAUUGAGUAGGCGAUAUAUCGAAUAGACCAUCUCUGAAAAAAAGGUAAGACGAAGAGGAUGAGGACGACAAGAAUAUUAGCCAUAGCUAUGCAAUUGUUUGUGCUAAUUGAGUUUCUCCCCUUCUCUACUUGCAAUGCUCUACGAAGGAGUGACUUCCCUGAUUCAUUCAUCUUCGGCACUUCCACUUCCUCUUUUCAGAUAGAGGGAGCUUACUUGGAUGAUCGAAAAAGCUUAAGCAAUUGGGACGUUUUUUCUCAUAUUCCUGGCCACAUUCAGGAUGCUGCCAACGCUGACAUAGCUGACGAUCAUUAUCAUCUCUACCUGGAAGAUGUUAAAUUAAUGGAGUCUCUCGGAGUCAACGCUUAUCGAUUUUCUAUAUCAUGGUCAAGAGUUCUACCAAGAGGAAGAAAUGGAGGAAUUAAUUCACUAGGAAUUGCUUUCUAUAACAAACUCAUCGAUGCCUUACUGCUUAAAGGAAUUCAGCCAUUUAUUACCCUGAACCAUUAUGACAUUCCACAAGAGCUUGAAGAACAAUACGGUGGAUGGUUGAACUCUCAAAUACAGGAGGAUUUUGGAUAUUUUGCGGACAUAUGUUUUAAGGAAUUCGGCGACCGAGUGAAGUACUGGACCACCUUUAACGAACCCAACGCCGUAGCCACUUACGGAUACAUGACCGGAACAUACCCUCCCAAUCGUUGCUCGCAUCCAUUCGGUAACUGUUCUUCGGGUGACUCAACCAUCGAACCGUAUAUCGCGGCCCAUAACAUAAUACUAGCACAUGCGACUGCCGUAGGCAUUUACAGACGAAAAUACCAGGAAAAGCAAGGGGGCAGCGUCGGCAUCGUGGUGGGGACCGAUUGGUUCGAGCCGCUCAGGAACAUAACUGCAGAUUACGAAGCAUGUCGACGGGCAUCAGCGUUUUAUUUCGCAUGGUUUCUCGAUCCCUUUGUGCGCGGGGAUUAUCCUCCGGAAAUGAGGCAAAUUUUGGGGGGCAGAUUGCCAAAGUUUUCAACGAGCGAGAAGAAGAAAUUGCGAAACAAACUGGACUUCAUUGGAAUUAACCAUUACUCGAGUCUCUACGUGAAAGAUUGCAUGUUUACCACGUGUGACGUCGUGGGACCCCUACUGGCUGGGUUUGCGGCUCCGGUUCGAGACAAAAAGGGGGUCCCAAUUGGAAAACCGACUGCAAAGCCGAACUUCUACGUGGUUCCACGUGGCAUGAAAAACAUUGUGAUGUACAUGAAGCGAAGAUACAACAACAUGCCCAUGAUUAUUACAGAAAAUGGUUAUCCACAAGGGAGCUAUCACAAUACUACAUUGAAGGAAUUACUAAACGACAAGGAGAGAGUAGAAUACUUGCAAAGCUACCUCUCUUCUUUGCAUGAAGCAAUGAGGCAAGGUGCUGAUGUGAGGGGGUAUUUCAUAUGGUCUUUGAUAGAUAACUUUGAGUGGCUAUAUGGGUAUAGUAUGAGAUUUGGGCUUUAUCAUGUGGAUUAUGAGACACAAGUAAGGACUCCAAAGCUCUCUGCCGAUUGGUAUCGAAAGUUUAUUGGCGACGCAAAAUUGUUGAUUAAGAAAGACAUGGAAGAAGAUGGCGAAAUUAUUGUGAUGUAAUUGGGGACAUUAUUAUUGUAAUUUGAAAAGGUUUGAGUGUGGAGAUGAUUAAUGUGUAUGAUUGUAUUGCAAAAGAUGAUGAAUGAUAGUUACAUAUUUAAAUUUUUUAAAUAAUAGAGAUAGGGAAAAUAAUAGAGAUAGGGACAUUUAAAUAAUUGA